GUAUAGUCAAAACUUUGACGGUUUUGUCAAAUUUUAUCACUUUUGGUGAAAUACCAAAAAUAGGCACUUCCGUCCAAUUCUUUGAUGGUGUAACUUAACGUGCUGACUGGACUAGCGGCAGUGGACAUGAUAUAUUUUAUUCAAAACUAAUAUGAGGUGGAAAUCAAUCAAAUUUUAUUCAUUUAUUUUUAUUGUUAAAUAAAAAAUUAUUAAAAAACAAAAAAGAAUCAUUUAUUCACCACUCCUCCUCUCUGGUUUACUCUUCUCCAACACUAUUCCGAAAAGCUUCUUUUCAGCGUCGUCGUCGAUUUCCUUCCGCAUCAACACCCGAAGCUCUAGGAAGACGACGCAACAAAGAAGGUCGUUCAGUAUCAAAAUGUCGAGCGAUUUAUCAUCGUUGUCCCAAUCGCUGUCUCACUCCAUCACUCUGCCCGUUCCAAUCGCAAAAGGAGAAGCCCCGACGACAACAGUGGUGGGUCGCAAAUUCAGUCUAAAAUCUGGUCACGACAGGGAUGGAUCUGGCCGCCAUCUUCCACCGUGCGCUCCCUCCAGAUUCGGCGAUUCGAGCUCGCUCUCCGCACCCACCUCUUCUGUCGGAGAGGUAUAGCUUCGUUGGUAAAUCCGACAUCGAUCCCGAGCUCGACGCGGUGCCGCCCAGAACAAUAGAAGACUUCCAAUCGCUCACCGUUGUUAGCUCGGCAGCGGCGGUGCCAUUCGUGAUCUUUCCUCUGAUUUUGCCUGCUAAAUCUAUCUUUGAUUCCACUUUGUCGGCGGUCAAUCAGAGUCCAGAUCCAUUCUCGUAGUUUACGCUUUCCAAGCUACUAGUCCAUGGGGGUUUUCUUGGUCGGGUGAAGAGGGAAGAAGGGUUCUGGGUUUAGCGGUGGAUGGACUGCAAUCUGAGGGAGGGAGAAGGGCGGUGGCUCAUUAUGUUGGGGAAAGGGAAGAGGAAGAAGAUGGAGGUCGAGAGGGAAGUAGGAAGCAUUUUAGAUAUAUAUUUUUAUUUUUUACACAAAUAAUUAAAUGUUUUAAUAUAAAAUAUGACAUGUC